AUUUGAAAUAAAACAGCAAAGCUUAAGAAAGCUCAGUCUAUUUGUCGUUAAAGUUUAAACAGAACACCGUAUACAAUUUUGUGUUUGUUUUUAGACCUUGAAUUAGAUUCGCGAUGCACUUGUUAGUUGUUAUUUCUAUUAUUUCUGUCAUUUUUUCGCAAAUUUUUGCAGCAAAUAUCAUUGAAAAGUGUUGUGAAAAUGGAUAUGAAGUGUUUGGUUCAAAAUGCGUCGAAAAAAACACUAAAAGAGUGUAUGUUUCGGGGUUUUAUAACUCUUCUAAACUCGAUGGAGAGUGCAUAGAUUCAACAAGUGAAGAUUUUUAUAUUUUUGACGCAAAAAACAACAAAUUCACCAACAAAACACAAAUAUACUCCAAUUUUACUAAGUGUUGUCCUGUUGGAUACAUCUACAAUACAAAAACACGAUCUUGUAUACCCUCAAAAGAAGCUAAAGAAGAUUUUUUCACGAAUUCUUUGAUACAAGUGGGUUUAAAAAGCUGCGUCGUUAUUUUUGACAAAAAAUUCGAAAAAUUAGAGGAUUUAAUGGUUGAAAAAAGUACCAAAGAUGGAGAGUACUGUGUGGAUCAGAGUGUUGGUGAUGGAUAUGUAAUGAGGGAGUGCCAGAAUGAUCUGGAGGUGUGUAUAACGAAGAGGUGUUUCAAGAAAUGUUGUCCGGAAGGACAGAGUUAUGUUGGAGGUGGUACUUGUAAGGAUACUUAUGUUUUUGGGAUGGUGACUGAGAAUCAGUCGUAUUCACCUUACAUUGAUGAUAUUAAAGAUGACUACGAAGUUAUUUAUGGUACAGGAUGUCCAAAGGUACGUCUAAACUUUAACAACACCAUCCAAUAUAGAAUAGACCAAAACGGUACCUUCAUCUACUACCACAACUACAGCGAAAGUUUCGUUCAGGAGCCCGUCUUUAAUUUUUACAGCUACUGCCUCGAGCAUGCCGAAAAAGGUAGCAUUUACGGGUACUACCUAUUCACUUGUUACAAUUUUAAAGAAAUUGAUGUUAAGUUCACCCACACCCUUUGGGCUAAGAUCAUGUCGUGUAUUUUUCUGGUUUUUACCAUUGUGAUUUAUUUCCUGGUCGGUGAGACCAAGAAUACCUUUGGGAAGAUACUGAUAAAUUAUUGCGUCAAUGUGAUUUUGCUGAUGGUCACAUUGAUGGUGUCUCAGAUUGAUGUGUUGCCUACUAGACUGGAGUGCAAAUUAAGAGGUUAUUUUAUAAUCAUAUUCACGCUGGCUUCAUUUGCCUGGUUCAAUAUUAUGUCCUUAAACAUUUGGUGGACAUUUAGUACACCAAAAAGAAUGAUCGGAAGUGACCAGAAAAGAAAGGAAUUGAAGAAAUUUCUUUUGUACUUUCUCUAUGGUUGGGGCAUGCCCAUCUCUCUAGCACUGCUAAUCUUAUUACUUGAAAAUACUGCUUUCUUACCAAAAGUUAUCCAACCUUAUGUGGGCAUAUUUUUCUGCAGUUUGGAAAACCGUAACUAUGCACCAAUUGUGUUUUUUCUAUUGCCUCAACUCAUUUUUCAAGUUGUCAAUACAACCUUGUUUGUAAAAACUAUAAUCUACUGCAUCAAAGUUAAAAAUGACAUUAACAGAUUAAACGACUUGUCAAAAGAUAAUGGAAAUGGAAAGUUUUCAGUAGCCAAAGAAAGGCUAGGGCUUAUCAUUAAGCUGGGCAUUGUUAUGGGUGUGAUAUGGAUCUUUGAGGUAGCCACUGCAUUUUUUACUAAAAUGCAUUCUUACAACGCAUUUACUAAAUACCUGGAAGUGGUUUUGGAUAAUUUGAUAUGCUUACAAGGUACAUUUAUUUUCCUCAUCUUCAUAUGCAAAAGAAAAACAUUCAACAAAUUGAAGAAGAGAUUGAGCUUCAGUGGACAGAGUGCCAGCCAUUCUUCAUGCACCACUCAGUCUACUAGCUUCUGUCCAAUGAACAAAAAGCAGAAUACAAGGACAAACUUAGACGAAGCUUAAGAACUUAUUCACAAUGUUUGAAAUUUUAUUAUAAAAAUCUAUACCUACUAACUUUUUAAACAUUCUUUGUAUUGUGAUAGAAACAAUAUCAAUGUUGUAAUAUUUUGAGAGAUUUUGAAUAAAUAUUGUGUGUUAUGUA